UUUCACAUCCUCGACGAUGCCUGCAGCAACGUCUACGCAGCUGCGUGAACGUGUUAUCGUCUGGUAUCAUGAAAUGCACAUACCCAUUGAUGAAAUUGUAACACUUUCAGGCCUUUCACGUGCAACUGUGUACAAUAUCCUUCAAAUAUACAAUAAUCAUGGAUCUCUACAUAAUCCACUCAAUCUACCCAGUGGCCGCCAUCGUAACUUGGAAGCAGGAGAUCUCACGUACAUUCAAGGGCUUCUUAGUGCGAAUCCCACCAUGUUUCUCGAUGAAAUUCAAGAUCACCUUGCUGAAACACGCAAUAUCGAAGUCUCUAUUGCUACACUUUCUCGCACCCUCCGAAAUCUUGCAAUCACACACAAGUCUGUCGCAAAGGAAGCACUCGAGCGUGAUGAACUAUUGCGAGCUACGUGGCAAGGCGAGAUCUCACGCUACAGCGAAGAUCAGCUUGUGUUCUUGGACGAGGCCAUACUAAUGAGAGACGGAGGGGAUGGUCAUCAGUUGGCCAAGCUUGUGUGCUACGGUCCGCAUUUUUGCGAGGGCAGAAGUGGCCUUUCCAUGCUUUCCAGGCAGGUCAGAUGUCAUUGCUUGGAGGGCCGACACACUGAUGCUGAUGAGGAACUCUUUACCUGACGACAAAUCCAUCAUUGGCAAUUAAUACAUGAACUAGUGUUGCUUACGAAUCACGAUAAUAUCAUGUGGUGCCUCGUCAGCCUCUUGCGAUAGCUGUGCGUCAUUAUUUUCAGGUAGAGGAGACUCGGGGAUAUCAAUGGCAGGGCCAAGGACUUGUGGUCCCUGUCCGUUGGUUAUCACAGAGCCGAAGUUCCUGCCU